AUGCUUCCCUGGGCACUCUUGUUGGCGACCGCUGCCGCUGAGACUAUCUUGUCGACAAGAUACAGAACAAAUGUUGUGACCAUCACUUCUUGCUCGAAGGGGGGUUGCACAAACCCAGAGUCAGUGACUUUGGUGACAACUACCAUUGUGGACUUGGAGACAACAACUUACUGUCCAGUCAGUGAGAUUACUUCCACUCCACUCGAAACAAGUCCAACUACAGAGAUCACUUCAACUGAGAGUUCAACUGAGAGUUCAACUGGAACCAGUUCCUCGGUAGUGGCAAGCACUGAGACCGUGUCUACUCUGUCUACCAGCUCCACUGAGGCUACCACUCCACCUUUGUCCACCUCGUCUUCGGAUUUCUCCACCGUUGAUCCAUCCACUGUCGUUGUCACCACUUCGUCCUGCAAAACGACUUCUUCUCCGGAGCCUGAAACCCUGACCACUUGCGACGACUGCAAAGAGGAGCCUGAGACGUCUUCAUCGUCUUCCUCCGGCUCCAAAACUACUUCUACAUCUACAACAAGCUCCGUGGCUCCAACCACCAGCACCUCUGAGACACCUCCUCUGACUGACUCCAGCAGUGACACUUCCAGUGAGACUUCUGCUAGUCAGACUACUUCCAGUGAAACUUCGUCCCGUGAAACUUCGUCCCGUGAAACUUCGCCCAGUGAAACUUCGUCCAGUGAAACUUCUAGCGAAAAGUUUGCCUCGUCGGAGGUCCCUAGGACUACUUCAAGCUCAGAGAUCACUAGCUCUUCUUCAUCCACAUCUUCGUCUGCUUUGAGCUCCUCGUCUACUUCCAAUUGGCAAUCAUCUUCCACUCCGGUGACUUCCCUGGACUACAAGCCUAGUUCGUCCCCCUCCAGUUCUACGACCUCGACUUCUGUUCAACCACUGCCUUCGACGUCCAGUCCUCCACCUGUGACAAUCACCACCACAGUGCCUUGCGGAGAGUGUGAACACGGCUAUUCCACUACUACCACCACAUGUUACCCAAGCACUGUACCUCCAUCACCGCCAGAUACUGUCUCUGAGAGCAGUUUGACUAUUGAGACUUCCCCAAGUGCGUCCAGUUCCACCCCAAUUGAGUCCAGCUCCGCUCCAGUUCAAUCCACCACUCCAGUUGAAUCGUCGUCUAGCUCGUCAAGCUCUUCCAGUACCUAUUUCAGCACGACUUUGAAAACCUCAUUGACCUCGUCUAGUGAGCCCCCUGUGGAGUCUUCUACUCAAGUAACUUCGUCGAGUGAAUCUUCACUGGCAUCUACUACACCACAUGAGACUCUCUCUUCUACUACACCACAUAAGACUACCUCAUCUACUCCAGCAGAAAGUACUCCAAUUGGGACUACCUCUUCUACUCCAGUCGAGAGUACUCCAAGUGAGACCAAUCCAGUCAAAUCUUCUUCCAAAGAGACCACUUCAUCUGAGACUAUUCCAGGUGAGACUACUCCCAUUGAGUCCACUCCAGGUAAGACUACUCCAGUCGAAAGCACUCCCGUCGAAAGUACUCCCGUCGAAAGUACUCCAUCUGAGAGUACUCCAGUCGAAAGUACUUCAAUUAGUACUACGACGACACCUGUGGAAACUACUUCAAUUCAAACUCCUCCUGCCGAAUCUACUGCAAUCGAGACCACUCCAACAAAAUCAACUCCAACAGAAACCACUCCAACAGAAACUACUCCAGCAGAAACUACUCCAACAGAAACUACUCCAGCUAAUAUCACUUCGACGAAACCCUUUUCUCUGGAUACUACCCCGGUCAACUCGCCACCAACUUCAUCUGAUGAAAUUACUGUGUCUGAGUCCACAAACGAGGAAACAACUCCAAUUGAUACCAAUCCUGCUGAACCUACUACCUCAACAUCCAGCGCUCCACCAAAGCCUGAAGAACCCCCAGUUUCUUCGCCCGAGGCCCCAACAACUCAUACUGAAGUGACCACCAACAACUCAGAACCUUCCCCAGAAGUCGAGCAGACCACAGAGACAGAGAAGCCAACUACAACGCCUACAACUUCUACAUCAUUGAAAGGGAAGCCUUCGGUGACAUCGUCUGCUCUGUCUUCUCUGGUUCUGACGACUUCAGCUGAUUGUGAAGGUGAUGCUUGCUGCACUGGAAAGGACUGUGAAACCACCACGAGCUCUCAUGUGAGAGUAUCGCUGUCUUACUCACUGCUGCAGCCUACGAUUCUGAGUUGGGAAGGUACUGGCUCAAAAGCGUCCUUCUCCUUCUUGGCCAUGAUUGCUUGGGUCUUCCUUAUGUAA